GGGGCGGGCCCAGGUCUCGGCCCGCUCCGCCCCAUGUGACCCGGUCCGACAUGGUGUCACCUCCUCCCAGGGCGGCGGCGGCGGCGGCGGCUGGGGCUCGCCUUGGCGUCGGGCCGGCCCCGCGGCCGCUCAUGAGCAGCCAGGGCCGCUUGGGACCCCCCGGGAACGGCGGGCAGGGCGAGGGCGAGGGCGAGAGCGGAGACGCGAGGAAACUGCAGGAAGGGAGGGUCGCGAGGAGGAAGCGAAGGAAGGGGAAGGGAAAAGCCGGAGCGAGGCAAGGCGGAAGAGGAAGCGGGGCGGAAGGGAAGCGGGAGCCGCAACUGGCAAAGGAGGCAGCGGGGCUGGGAGCCGAGGCGGGAGCGAGGGCAGGCCGGGGGGAGGAAGGAGAGGGAAGCGGAAGCGUGGAGGAAGGGGCGAGAAGGAUCGUAAGGGGAGAUGAGGGGAGCGCGGAGGCAGGGAAGGAGGCCAAAGGAAGAGACGAUGGCAACGAGGAAUGGAGGGUUAGGACUGGGCGGCGAGAGGAUGCAAGGCCGGGUAGAGCACAGGAACGAGGGGGUGAGGCUUGGGGCCGCCUCGCGGGGGCAGGGGCGGCCGUGGCGGAGGCCGAGGAGGAGGCGGCGGCUCGGGAGCCGGCGGGCCGCCCAGCUGCGGGGUCCGCUCUCUGGCGCCUGCCAGAGGAGCUGCUGCUGCUCAUCUGCUCCUACCUGGACAUGCGGGCCCUCGGCCGCCUGGCUCAGGUGUGCCGCUGGCUGCGGCGCUUCACCAGCUGCGACCUGCUCUGGCGCCGGAUAGCCCGGGCCUCGCUCAACUCCGGCUUCACGCGGCUCGGCACCGACCUGAUGGCCAACGUACCCGUGAAGGAACGAGUGAAGGUGUCUCAAAACUGGAGGUUGGGGCGCUGCCGAGAGGGAAUUCUGUUGAAGUGGAGAUGUAGUCAGAUGCCCUGGAUGCAGCUAGAGGGUGAUUCUUUGUACAUAUCCCAAGCUAAUUUCAUCCUGGCCUAUCAGUUCCGCCCAGAUGGUGCCAGCUUGAACCGUCGGCCCCUGGGAGUCUUUGCUGGGCAUGAUGAGGACGUUUGCCACUUUGUGUUGGCCAACUCACAUAUUAUCAGUGCAGGAGGAGAUGGGAAGAUUGGUGUUCAUAAGAUUCAUAGCGCCUUCACUGUCAAGUACUCGGCUCAUGCACAGGAGGUGAACUGUGUGGACUGCAAAGGGGGCAUCAUUGUGAGUGGCUCCAGGGACAGGACGGCCAAGGUAUGGUCUUUGGCCUCAGGCCGGCUUGGGCAGUGCUUACACACCAUCCAGACUGAAGACCGAGUCUGGUCCAUUGCUAUCAGUCCAUUACUCAGCUCUUUUGUGACAGGGACGGCUUGUUGUGGGCACUUCUCACCCCUAAGAAUCUGGGACCUCAACAGUGGGCAGCUGAUGACGCACCUGGGUAGCGACUUUCCCCCUGGGGCUGGGGUGCUGGACCUCAUGUACGAGUCCCCUUCCACACUGCUGUCCUGUGGCUAUGACACCUAUGUUCGAUACUGGGACCUCCGAGCCAGUGUCAGGAAGUGUGUCAUGGAGUGGGAGGAGCCCCACGACAGCACCCUGUACUGCUUGCAGACAGAUGGGAACCACUUGCUGGCCACAGGUUCCUCCUACUACGGCGUCGUGCGACUUUGGGACCGGCGCCAAAGGGCCUGCCUACAUGCCUUCCCGCUGACGUCGACACCCCAGAGCAGCCCUGUCUACUGCCUGCGCUUCACCACCAAGCAUCUCUACGCUGCACUGGCUUACAACCUCCACGUUCUGGACUUUCAAAACCCGUGACAGUCAGGGCCACCCCAGCCUGUGGGCCAGGAAAGCCAGCUACUCAGGGACCUAUCCUGCUCGGAGGGUGCAGCGAUAACUCCUUCCCACCCCCGUGCCUGUGCUCCCAGACCUGCGACCACAGUGCUCAGGCCCUUAAGCUAAAGGCUGCUGACUCCUGGGGACCUGGGUAACCCAGAGGCAUGGUCUCUCCCAAGAACCAUUUGGAGAGAAGGGACCUGCUGCUUUGGGAGAGUGAAGCUGAACCCACUGAGCCUUGCUUUCCUGUUGGCCAGAGCAAGGAUCUGGCCUGCAGAGGCACCCCCAGUACCCCUCCGCUCCUCGGAGCCAGGAUAGCUUAGAGGGAGGUGCGGUGCUCCGGCCUUUCCAGUGGUCUCAUUGCGUCCUUGCCCUGGAAGGAGGGCUGAGGCUGCCAGUGCCCCUGCUGGCACCAGCGCCCCCCCUCCUCAGUCAGACCCCGCCCUGGAUCAAGCUUUUGGGGCUAAAGACUCAUUCCUGGGGCACUGUGGCCUGGUCUUCCUUUGACACCAAGAAAGGACAAAGGAAACCCAGCAGUUUUGAGUUCUAAGCCAUCCCAGCCUCAGGCCGGCUGUUGAGUCGUGCUACAAUGUUCAUUUUUGUAAAAAUAAAGCUUAAUUGUUCACA